UUAUACUGUGGCAAGAUUUAUUUUGCUUUUCGGUCGAUCAAAUUUGUAACAAAGAUCCAUCAGUCUUCCAGAUAAAUCAAAAUCCAAUUAUGUUUUCUCGUACAGCAACCGCUACAGUUGCCAAGUCCGCGAAYUCCUUUCUUCGUUCGCGAGUCGCAAACACGGUGCGGGACACUAGCAAUGGUAAUCUUCUCCGCCUCACUCUCUGCCGUGGUUUUGCCGCCGAAUUCGAUCGCAGCAAACCGCACGUGAACAUCGGGACAAUCGGCCACGUCGAUCACGGAAAGACGACGCUCACCCAGGCCAUCACGAAGGUCUUGAGUGAAACUGGCGCCGCCGAAGCCAUGACCUACGAAGAUAUCGAUCGAUCUCCCGAAGAAAAAGCAAGAAAAAUUACUAUCAAUACCACCCAUAUCGAAUACGAAACAGGCACACGCCAUUAUGGUCACAUCGAUUGGUGAGUUCAAGAAAAUGUGGUUUUGAUGUUUACRAUGGACUAAAAWGGAGGAAAUUUUCUGUGAUUUGGUCCACAAACCAAGACCUCAAACAAGGACYAUACAAUGGCAUGAGUUUUCGGGCCUCUCAUUCUUUUUUUGCCUUACUUCAUUGGGUUCAUAAAUACCCAUUUGACGUUUCUGUUCAUGAAUCUUUUCGAUUUCGUGUACUCUAUACAUUUUCUGAAACGAAUAUACGAUAUGACACAACUCUCGUGACCACUGUUGACCCAUAAAUCGAUAUCCAAUGCAAACAAAAACAGUCCCGGUCACGCGGAUUACGUCAAAAAUAUGAUUACCGGAGCAGCUCAAAUGGACGGUGGAAUUUUGGUCGUUGCCGCUACCGAUGGUCCAAUGCCCCAGACUAGAGAACACAUCCUAUUAGCGAARCAGGU